AUGCUGCAGCCUGGACUCUGGAUGGCCCUGGCCCCUCUGCUAGGUGCCCUCAGUGCAGGGACAGCUGCCCUCUGUCACCGCAGUGGGGCCCUCUGCUACCUCCUGUGCCUCAUUGCCUGCCUGCCAGGCCAGGACUCCAUGGCUGGGAGCUGCCUGCAGUGCUCCAAGGACUUUCACUACCAUGGUGGCAGGACAGCUCAGCAGCCGUGCCUCACCAGAAUCUGCAGUCGGCUCCCAAGACUCAGAGAAAGCAAAGACUACCAGUGUUACCUGCCCAGGCAAGAGCCAAAAGCAAAGCACACUGCCCAUGUCUUCUGCCCUCUGGGCUACUUCUUCAUAGACAGAGUCCUUAGCUGCCAGCCUCACCCCACAGGGCACUGGCCAAAGGACAGCAGUGGAAGAGGAAUGGAGGGAGAGCCCCUGCACCUGCGGGCAGAAGGCCACUUCUGCCCAGAUGGUGCUAUCACCAUGCCAUGCCUGGCCAGGACCUUUGAAAGCAGGAGGGAGACACCCCACCCCAAUACCAGCUUCUGCUCAGCAGUUCUCAGCCAGUGUCUGCAGUGCCCAGCGGGAUACUUCUGCCCCAACCAAGCCACCCAACCCAUCCCAUGCCAGCCAGGCACAUUUAGCCCGAAUCCGGGCCAGGAUGAAACCACAGACUGUGUUCCAUGCCCAGCAGGCAAGGCCUGUACCCAGGCUGGGCUGACUCAGCCAGAUGCAGAGUGCACACCGGGGAACUGGAAGUCCAAACUGGCCCCCUAUCCCCUGUCCAGCUGGCCAUUAUUGCCCUCUGGGCACCAAACGGCCGACCCAGUUCCAGUGUCCCCCAGGCACCUGGAGUAACCAGACUGGACUAACAGCAGUCGAGGAGUGUAUACCUUGUCCCAGGGGCUGGUUCUGUGUCACUGGAGCCCAGCUUCCCUCAGGGACAUGCAAAGCUGGGCAUUACUGCCCACAAGGUGAGUGGGGCCAGGGUCUGCUCUGCAAGGUCACAGGUGAGUGCCAGAAGAGAAAGCCACGAGCCAGCCUGCCAUACUAAGGUUAGAUUUCAAGAGAACCUUCCUGAGAGUAGGGCCAAUACUGUUCAGCUGCUGAACAUCCUGAAUGGGGAUUCCCAGGGUAUGAGUCCAGACAAGGCUGGUCCUAGGUGAGUGGUACUCCCUGCUCCCUGCC